GGAGGCAAAAGUCCCAUGGCUAUUUCUGUCAUUUUACUCUUAAAAACAAUCCCAGAAAUCUCAACCAUCAUCCACCCAUUUCACCGUUACACAAUCUUGAAUUUCUUUCUCCACAAAUUCAAGAAAACCAUGGAGAGCACCCUCUUAUUAGCACCCAGAUUUCUCUCCAUUCAAAGCAGAGAAUUCAGUGCCAAUGUGAGGCAAUUUCAGUCCUCAUUUUGUGGGAAAGUGGUUGCUAACACUCAGUUUGCAAGAAGAAAUGAUGCAUAUAUAAACCACAGAAGUAGCUUCAAGAUUACAUCUUUGUUUUCAAUUGGCAAGAAGAAGGUGAAGGCAACCAAGAGAGAGACUGUUGUCCCAGAUCCAGAUUACAGAAUACCUGUUGUUCUUCUUGGUUUAGCUGGCGGUUUAGUGUAUGAAGAUAAUCUAUUAGCAGCUGCUCCUGUUGGUCUCCUAGGUUUACUUCUACUUUUCCAGACGACUAGAGUGAGGUUUGUCUUCGAUGAUGAAGCACUGGAGGUGAAAGUAGGAAAAGAGCUCGAUGAGUCGGGUGAAAACGUGUUUGUUGGUGGUAAAAAUCGUUGGAAAUACUCUACAUUUGUAAAUUGGGAGCUCUGGUGGCCGAAUUUCCCAAUUUUGGUUUACUUUAAAGAAACACAAACAAAACCCGAAGGACAAGUUCACUUUUUCCCAGUGAUUUUUAACGGGAAACAGUUAUAUGACGUUAUGGUGGAACGGGCCGGUCCUUCAAAGACAAGUGGCCCGAAUUAGUACCAGCAAUAGAGAUCCAUUGUUUUCUCGGCUCGCUGCAGGCUUUGAAUAAAAUUGCUCUGAAUUCAAGUAUAUUGUUCAUAACAAUUGACCAACACUUAUUUGUUAUUUGAUCAUAUGAGGACUUGUAUAUAUUCAUGGCAAGCAUAGAACAUAAUAGAUACCCUUCUUUUUCGUA